CCAACUCGGUUCGCAUCUUGCCUUGCUUGACAUCCUUGCACGUCGCCCACAUCAUCGCCCACCACCGGCUUGGAACCUGUCCGUCGUCUACACAGUCAACACUCACUGCUCUUCUCCUCACUCAGACACGUCUGUAACCACUCCCUUUGGUUACCCGUUCGCAAAGAUCCGGCAAGCCGUCGUCGGCACACCGCCAUCGACUAGUUGUCGCCAUGGCCCCGGCCCUCUCACGCGAGCUCAUCGCUGUCCUCACAUCCCCACAAACGACACUCAACCAGGCCGCAGAUGCAAUCGAGGAGCAUGUCAUGUACAGGAGGGCCAAAGGGGACACGCUGCUUGGCGUGUCCAGCAGUCUGCACAGCAUGGAAUCUAGAUCACCUCGCCUUGCCCCAGCUAUCCGACAAGCGCAAUACGCGACCAACGUGCCCCCUUCGGCAGACUUGAAUGCGCCCGUCGGAAGCGGCUCGCUAGCCAGUGCAUCGACUACACCGCAGGCCGUCCUCAACUACCUGCUAUCGUCCCCAGCACCCUCCCUUCUGACUGCGCGCAAAGUGAUUCUCGAAUAUGUGCUCCACCGGGAAGCUCGGCUGCGCGAGAAGAAGCACGGCAUUGGAGGAAAGGGAACGCUCGGGCGUGACAGUUUCGAAGAGAUCGCCGCACGUCUGGGUGAGAUUGAGGACGGGCUACGAGGGACAGGUGUGCUCGUCGGACACCGCGCCGCUGCCGUGCCUGCGGUUCCCGACGAGGAGCUUGACGACCCCCGCAAGAUGGGCCUCGCGCUAAUCCUCUCGCUUCGUAUGCUUUUGUCCUACUUUACCCUCCCCGACCUGGCCCGACAGUUGCUUCUCCAGCACCCCACAGACGCAGAACGAACACUGGUCCAGCACAUUCGCCGGCGUGUUCCCGGAGAGGGGCGGUACAAUGUUGGGCGAGAACUUGAGUUUGUGGAGAGCUUGACGCUGAACCGACGGCCAGCACUGCGUCCAGCAUUCCGCUCGGCACGCGCGCGUACGUACCUCCCUACACGCGCCCUCUACCCGAUCUCGCUCCCAGCGCCCUCCAAGUCGGCGUGCAUUAAGCUUCUCGCGGCCUUCGUCCGGGAUAUCGACGAGGCUGGCCCGAACGCCGCCCAGUCAUACAUGCAGACGCCACCACUCAGCCACACCUUCUCGCCAACUGGCGGGCCGCCCAAAGACAUCGCACCGUCUUCUGGGUACCGCAUGCGGAAGGGGACGACGGGCUCGCCAUCGUCUAAUCACUCCAUGUCCCCUGGGUCCCCAUCCAGAGCAUCGCAUCUCCCACCACCGCACGACCCCUCCCCAGUCGAGAGCUACGCUUUGGAGCUCAUCUCCGAGUUCGUGACGCGCGAGAAGCGCGAAUACAUGCUCAAGAACAAGUGGGUCAAAACGGGUCGCGAGCAACUGGGCAAGGACCUCGCAGACAUGGAGUCUGUGCUCUGUGUCGUGAGCAAGACGUAUCCUGGGCCGCACGCGCCCAGUCUCAUGCCUGUCUUCCUACAGAUCCGGCGCACUUUCGCACUGCCGCCGACGCCCCUGCCACAAAAGAUUGUUGAGCCGUUUUACGACAUGCUCCCUUCUCCACCAGACCCGGACUCGGUGCCUCUGCGCGAGCCGAGUGUGAGCAGCACCACUGCGUCGCUUUACGUCAACCCACGCCUUCCCGACGCCGAUGCCCUGGACAUCAUCGAAGAGCUUCUCGAGAACGAGCGUGAGAAGGGCAUCAACGCGGACGUCAGCCAGGAGAAGACGAUCGCGUGGUUGGAAGGGUUGAUUGACCAGAUGGUCAAGCGGUUCCCCGAUGGCUCGUACGAGACAGCCUUUGACCAGGCCAGAUAUUUGGCUGCGCAUCCUCGCGUGUGGCCGGAUGCCGCCAACUCGAGCGCUAACCCCGCUCACCCUCUGAUGGCCGGGAGCAGUGGAGGCGAGUUUGGGCAUCGCCGCUCCAAGUCGUCUGCUCUACCAUCUCCUGACAAGCCCAACAUGCCUCGGUACAGCCAGGACACGCAGUCCAGUGGUGGUAGACACAAGAGGUCAGUGAGCAUGCCGAUGCGCUCCGGCACCCCUACGGACGAGGAGUCGCGGCACUCGGCGAGACUGUCCUCGGUCGGCAGCGAGACCAGCUACAACCACUGGGCUCCUAUCGAGGCGCAGAGGGCUGUGGCCACGCCGCCCAAGCCGCCGGCCAAGGAAGACGCCGAGGAGAGCCUGCACCUCAUCAAUGGGGUGGCCGAUGACGCCGCCGCCAACGGCUCCGACCUCCGGGGUCUCGGGUUGUCUGGCUUUGCCGCGUCCGCUUCGAGCUCCGGCACGCGGGCGAACGCGCCGCCAAUGCUCAACCUCUAUGUCCCAGGGCCUGAGCUUGACAUAGGCUCGUCUCUCGACACGCCGUCCCCGCGGCAACCGAUGAGCAGCGGGGGCCAUUCCAACAUGUCAGGAUCGAGCGGCAACGGUGGCUGGUGGGACGUUAUCUCGCCCACCUCCGGAUCUCCUGGACCUCAGAAGCCUUGGGAACGGCCCAAGAGCUCGCCUGGUCGCUCGCCUCUCAGCCCCACCGGCGCAGGCCACGAUCUGAGAGUGUCGACUAGCUCGUCUCUUGCGCCACCACAACCAGCCGCUCAUGCCCCAGCUGAGGAAACCACCCCUACCAACACCCCGCCAAAGCCUCCCCACCCGACAGACUCGCCCAUGACGCCACAAAUGGAGGCGCGCAUUGCUCAGCUGAUGAGCCCCGAUGUCGACAUCGACGCGACUCCCAAGCCACCGAUGGAGAUGGACAUGCCGCGUCCACACCCGCCUGAGCUGUCGGCGGCGGGCAAGGAGGCGCUGGCGAGACUUGAAGGUGUGCAGCUGCACGACGAGUCGCUGGCCAAGCUGGAGGGGACGCACAAGUCGACGCCAUCUGCUGGUUCUAUCGCCAUCCCAGAGGCGAGGGUUGGAGGCAAGAGUGCCGAGCAGAAGCCAAAGCCCCCUUCUCCGAUAAAGACGAAGGAGAAGGAGUUGGCUCCCGUUCCCCCACCCCGGACGGCAACGCCCGAGGACGACCUUUACGCGCGCCUCGACUUUGUGCCCAUGGACUACAACCCGAUGCACACCAAGCCGGCGCCGCGCCAGGCGGGUCCCGUCUGGCCAAACAAGAUGUCCGACACGGAACGUCUUGCGCGCUCCAACUCGAAGCGCUCGCCUCCGACCGCGAAGCCCCAUGGCGGCGCGCCAGUGUGGCCGCGGCGCAAGCCCUCUGACGCCCACGCCCUGACGUUGCAGAGCGUCGAAGAAUUCGGCGACGGCGGCGGACCCGCGAGUGCGCCCUUGAAGGGCUCAGACCCGGCAUGGCACACGGACGAGCACAGCUCGCUCACACGGUCCGCGACACAAGCCAAGCGCCCGCCGCCCGUGCCGACGACGAUCAGCCGGCCCGGCUUCCCGAACGCGCAUACGGCGCCGCGGCGCUCGCAGGAGGCGCAGCGGGACUCGGGCGACGGCGCCAAGUCCAAGUUCGGCGCGUUCUUGAAUCGGAGCAUGACGCGGCGCGAGAAGGAGAACACGGCCGCGAGCACGUCCGCCGCCCUACAGCAGCAGACGCGGCGCGCCAAGCCUCCCGUGACCAACAAGCCAGGGCAAUGGAACCGCGACAUGGUGGCGGGCAUCAUGGGUCCGCCAGCUGAGCGGCGGCCAGUUUAGGAGUAGGGAACGUUUCGUUGUACAGGGACUUGGGAUGCAGUUUGUACGAUAGUGUGC